AUGGGUGAAUGGCUCAAUAAUAAUUUUUGCUUCGACGCGAAUUAUACCCCCGCAGCAAUGGCAGUUAAUCUCGGCAUCAGCUUGAAUGGGCGCUAUAACCUCACCAGCAGUAUACCGGUUAAUGCGCCGCCCACCUCGUGUAUACCGUUAAUAACGCCAUUACCCAUUUAUAUUUGCCUUCGUGUGGACAGCGUGCGCACCAUAAAUGGCAAUUUGACGUUGUGUUCGACACUGCUAUUUCGCUUCAUGCAGAACGAUCUCAUGCAGUUCUUUUUCGGUUGUGUACGCUUCGGCAGAGAUGGUUUCUUUUUCAAUCGUUUUAUAGCAUUUUUGCCGGGUGUUAAUGGGAAUGGGCUGUCCGAAGAUCAAAGCGGUGUUAACGGUAUAAAACAUGCUGAGCAAAUUUGA